AAUACACUUUAUCUCUUAUGUCUAUUUCCCUUUCCCUUGAUGAACAAAGAGAAUGAAGCAGAAACUCCAUGUACUCUGCAGAAAAUCCUCUCUGCCUUAUCAUGGGUCAAAAUCAAAAACCAAAGUUACAUUGCCAUUAUUGGCUGCUAAGUUCUUUGACAGUAGUCCUUCUUAACAUCUCAUUUGGCUCUUGCUUUGACACCAUAUCCACUGACAAAGCCCUCAGAGAUGGUGAGAUUCUUGUUUCUAGGGAUAAGACUUUUGCUAUGGGAUUCUUCAGCCCAGGCAGGUCCACUUCCCGUUACAUCGGAAUCUGGUACAACAAUCUGCCACAACAAACUGUUAUUUGGGUUGCAAACAGAAACACUCCCAUCAAUGACACAUCUGGGGUUCUCUCAAUCAACCAACAUGGAAAUCUAGCACUCCACCAUAAUCAUAGCAUUCUUCCAAUUUGGUCUACCAAUGUUUCAGUCACACCUUCAGACACAAACAAAGUUAUAGCUCAACUCACAGACAUAGCCAACCUUGUUCUGAUCCUUAACGACACCAAAACUGUCAUCUGGCAAAGCUUUGAUCAACCAACAGAUACUUUGAUUCCCCACCUGAGAUUAGGAUUUGACAGAGGAAAAGGCCAGAGCUGGGUCAUCCAAUCUUGGAAAACAGAUGAUGAUCCUUCACCUGGUGACUUCACAUUGAAGUUCAGCACCAAUGGUAUGCCACAGUUGUUUUUAUACCACAAGAAUCUUCCAUGGUGGCGAGGAGGACCGUGGAAUGGUGAGUUUUUCAUGGGUAUACCCAACAUGAAACGAGAUAACAACAUUUUCAAUGUUUCUUGUGAGGAAGAUGAGAACCAUGCAGCACUCUCAUAUAACACCUAUGACAAAUCCGUUCCCAGUUGGGUGGUGGUUCAGCAAUCUGGUUUCUUUCAAGUGUUCACUUGGGAUAACCAGAAGAAUCAGUGGAACCGGUAUUGGUCAGAGCCUACUGGUCAAUGUGAUAACUAUGGAACAUGUGGACCUAACAGUAACUGUGACCCUUUGAACUAUGAGGAUUUUCAGUGCACUUGUCUGCCCGGGUUUGAACCGAAAUUCCCGCGUAACUGGUAUGAGAACAGAGAUGGUUCAGGAGGGUGUGCGAGGAAGAAAGGUGCCUCUGUUUGUGGGAGUGGAGAAGGGUUUGUGAAUAUUGAAGGAUUGAAGGUUCCUGAUACAUCUGUGGCUAUAGUUAAGGAGGGUUUGAGUUUGGAGGAGUGUGAGAAGGAAUGCUUGAGAAACUGUUCUUGCAGUGCUUAUGCAGUUGCUAAUGUGGCCAGUGGUGGAAGUGGAUGCUUUGCAUGGCAUGGUGAUUUGAUGGACAUAGAGAAGCUUAGUGAUCAAGGCCAAGAAAUAUUUGUACGUGUUGAUGCUGUUGAAUUAGCUAAUUAUUACAAGAAAACAAAAGAAGCAUUUGGUAAGAAAAAGAUUGUAGGGGUUCUGGUAGCUUCUUUGUUUGCAGUUCUCCUUAUUCUGGCCUGUGUAUAUCACUUGCGGUUGCAGAAGAAAAAGAAAGAAGAUAAAAUGUUGCGGCAAUUGAAUCAAGAUUCUCCUAGAGAAAACAGUGAUAUUCAAAGUAAAGGAGAUCCAAAUCUCCCCUUCUUCAGCAUGAAAAUAAUCAUGGCAGCCACAGAAAAUUUUGCUCCUCAGAAUAAACUUGGACAAGGUGGAUUUGGCUCUGUCUAUAAGGGUCAGCUAUACAAUGGACAAGAGAUAGCAGUGAAAAGAUUGUCCAGAGAUUCUGGACAAGGAAUAGAAGAAUUUAAAAAUGAAGUUACACUAUUAGUUAAACUUCAACAUAGAAAUCUUGUGAGAUUGCAUGGUUGUUGCCUUGAAAAGGAAGAAAGAAUGCUUGUCUAUGAAUACCUUCCAAACAGAAGUUUGGACUUCUUUAUAUUCGAUAAACUCCAAAGGUCAUUGUUAGAUUGGGAUCGGCGUUUUGAAAUUAUUUAUGGGAUUGCUCGAGGUGUAUUAUAUCUUCAUCAAGAUUCAAGAUUAAAAAUAAUUCACAGAGAUCUCAAAGCUAGCAAUGUUCUCCUUGAUGCCACAAUGAAUCCGAAAAUUUCAGACUUUGGCAUGGCUAGAAUAUUUGGCGAAGAUCAAAUCCAAGCCAGAACGAGAAGAGUAGUAGGAACAUAUGGUUAUAUGUCACCCGAAUACGCAAUGGAAGGACGAUAUUCAACAAAAUCUGAUGUCUUUAGUUUUGGAGUCUUACUUCUAGAGAUUAUUGCCGGCAAGAGGAACACAGAUAGCAGCGACAAAGAAAGAGCCUCCCCAAAUUUAAUUGGAUAUGUAUGGAAAUUGUGGACAGAAGGAAAGGCUUUGGAUAUGGUAGACACAACACUAGACCAAUCUUAUCCUCCUGAGAUAGCUUUGAAGUGCAUUCAAAUUGGACUAUUGUGUGUGCAAGAAAAUGUGAACAAGAGACCUUCCAUGUUGGAGGUUGUUUUCAUGUUAGGGAAUGAAGCACCUAUUUGUCCACCUCAAAAGCCAGCAUUUUUAUUCAAUGGCAACCAAGAUGACUUGCAAGAGUCAUCAACAUCUGGAGGAGUAUCUUCAAUUAAUGAAGUAACAGCAACUACCAUCUCUGCUAGAUAAAAUCAAGUUAUAUGCAAUGGUUACACAACUUUAUAGGAUGCAUGAAAAGUUGUUUAUAGUCCUUCAGAAACUCAUACUGUUAAAUACUUAAAUAUGAGAGUAAUAGGUUGGCCACUUCAUGAGCCAGAAAUUCUUUGGAUGAGUUUUUUUGGCUUAAUUAGUCUGAAAAUUUUCAAGUCCAAGUUUUCCCGUUGUUCAAAUCUUGACUAGGGAGUUUGUUUUCUUUACUAUUUUAGUAAUUGACUCACAUUUUGAGUUAUGUAUCAGUAUCAGAGAACUCAUUAUACAUGUCUA